AUGGAUAAAUCCCACAAGCCCAACGCAGAUGCCAGCCUAGAAGCCCUCGGCUAUACCGCGGAACUCUCACGAAAUCGAUCAACAUGGCAGGUCAUAUUCAUGUGCUUUAUCCUCGCCUCCGUGCCCUACGGUCUCUCAACAACAAUGAGUUACGCCGUAACGGGUGGCGGCUCAGUCUGCAUGAUCUGGGGCUGGAUCCUGGUCUCGCUGAUCAUGCUGUGCGUCUGUAGCUCUCUAGCAGAGAUAACUUCCGUCUACCCCACUGCUGGCGGUGUCUACUAUCAAACUUUCGUUCUGUCGCCUCAUUGGUGUCGUCGCGUCACGGCUUGGAUCUGUGGCUGGUCUUACGUCGCUGGUAAUAUCACGAUCACUCUCGCUGUAAAUUUUGCGACCGCCCUCUUCCUCGUGGAGAGUUUGAAUGUCUUCGAAAAUAACGGCGUGGGUAUUGCUGAAAAUUUCCAGGCUUAUCAGACCUUUUUGAUCUUUAUUGCUAUUACCCUUCUCACUCAUGCUGUUCCAGCUUAUGCCAAUAAGUGGCUUACUUAUAUCGAGACUUUUGCAAUCUUUUGGACUCUCGUCGGUGUCACUUCUCUGCUCAUUACCAUUCUCGCUGUUGCUCGCCACGGUCGUCGUUCUGCUGAUUGGGUCUUCACCUCUUUCGAGCCCCAGUCUGGCUGGCCCGAUGGAUGGUCCUUCUGCAUUGGUCUUCUCCAGGCUGCCUACGGUCUCUCCGCUAGUGGCAUGGUGACAUCAAUGUGCGAGGAAGUUGAAAAGCCCGCAAUCCAAGUUCCCCGAGCCAUCAUCGGUGGAAUCCUGAUGAACAUGCUUGCCGGCCUCUGCUUCCUGAUCCCCAUUUGCUUCGUGCUGCCCGACAUCGCCGCACUGGCCGCUAUCCCAUCCGGCCAGCCCGUCCCCACCAUCAUCAAGGACGCCGUCGGCAGCUCAGCAGGCGCUUUCUGCCUCUUAAUCCCUCUCCUGGUCCUCGGACUGACCUGUGGAAUCUGCUGCGUCACUGCGACUUCCCGGUGCACCUGGGCCUUUGCUCGUGAUGGUGCAAUCCCCGGUUCCGGCUGGUGGAAAAAGGUCGAUGACCGCUGGGGCAUCCCUCUCAACGCCAUGGCUCUCGGCAUGGUUGUUGAAAUUGUUCUUGGAUGCAUCUACUUCGGUUCAAGCACUGCUUUCAGUGCAUUCUCUGGAGUUGGUGUUAUUUUCUUGACUCUCAGUUACGCUUGCCCUGUUGCUGUUUCCUUGUUCUUGAAUGGUCGCAAGGAGGUCAAGCAGGGUAACUUUGAUCUUGGAGCUCUGGGCUGGUUCUGUAACAUCGUCUGUAUCUGUGAGUUUUUCCCAUUCCUCCCGGUUCCUCAUUUAAUAUCAUAUACUGACAUGUUCAUAGGUUGGUCUCUUCUUGCCCUUCCGCUCUUCUGCUUCCCCACCACUGCGGCUGUCAGUCUGGAAACUAUGAACUAUGCCUGUGUGGUGUUCGCUGGUUUCUUGAUUAUCUCUGCUGUUUGGUAUGGAGUUUGGGGACGCAAGAACUACAUUGGUCCUGCGCUUGAGAGCUUAGAUGGUCGGAAUGGGUCUUUGAGCCAUAAUGACAGUGGGGAUGAAGUAGGACCGAAUAAAUGUUAA